UCAACCGGUUAUGUGAGUUAGUUGCUUCAACGAGGAGAAGAGGCGCAGGAAUACAAUCUCUCAAACCGCCCCGCUGCAAAAUUAUUAUAGUAAAGAAUUAAAUUGUAAAUCAAGGUUUAUUUUAUUUCGUAAAAUGAAUCGGAGUAUAUUAGUGAGCGUGCCGUGAUAAUAGUUGCGGAAUCCAUAUCUGUGAUCCUUAUUAACUAGACAUCAAUACACGUUCUGGAAUUGGAGCCAGCUAACGUGUCAGAGAUAACAGUAACGUUAGCCAGCCUAUUUCUGACUAAACAACAACGAUAUUGUAUAUAGCCUUGUAGCUAGCUUCCCUGGGGGGGAAGACAAUCUUCUUUCAGUCAGAGGCUUGGACUUUUGAGCUCUAUGCCAGCAGUUAUGACAGUGUUAGCAGACCAUGCAGCGCAGCAGCUGCUGGACUUCAGCCAGAAACUAGACAUCAACCUGUUGGACAACGUGGUCAACUGUCUGUACCACGGGGUCGGAACACAGCAAAGGCUGGCCCAGGAGGUUCUGACCCAGCUGAAAGAGCACCCGGAUGCAUGGACCAGAGUGGACACCAUACUGGAGUUCUCCCAGAGCAUGAACACCAGAUACUAUGCUCUGCAGAUUCUGGAAACCGUUAUCAAAACAAGAUGGAAGAUUCUACCCAGAAACCAGUGUGAAGGUAUUAAAAAGUAUGUUGUUGGACUUAUUAUCAAGACGUCGUCGGACGCUACAAUGGUGGAGAAAGAGAAAGUGUACAUUGGAAAGCUGAACAUGAUCCUUGUUCAGAUCCUGAAGCAGGAGUGGCCCAAGCACUGGCCCACGUUCAUCAGUGACAUCGUGGGAGCCAGCCGCACCAGCGAGAGCCUCUGUCAGAACAACAUGAUCAUCCUCAAGCUGCUCAGUGAGGAGGUGUUUGACUUCUCUAGUGGACAGAUGACCCAGGUCAAGGCCAAGCACCUCAAAGACAGCAUGUGCAACGAAUUCUCCCAGAUAUUCCAGCUCUGCCAGUUUGUCAUGGAGAAUUCCCAGAAUGCACCACUGGUCCACGCCACUCUAGAAACGCUGCUGAGGUUUCUCAACUGGAUUCCUCUGGGGUACAUUUUUGAGACCAAACUCAUCAGCACACUCGUCUACAAGUUCCUGAACGUGCCGAUGUUCCGCAACGUGACGUUGAAGUGUCUGACGGAGAUCGCCGGCGUCAGUGUCAGCCAAUACGAAGAGCAGUUUGUCAACCUCUUCACGCUCAACAUGUGUCAACUCAAACAGAUGCUUCCCCUGAACACCAACAUCCGUCUGGCGUAUUCCAACGGUAAAGAUGACGAGCAGAACUUCAUCCAGAACCUCAGCCUGUUCCUCUGCACCUUCCUGAAGGAGCACGGGCAGCUCAUCGAGAAGAGGCCCAACCUCCGAGAGACACUCAUGGAGGCUCUCCACUACAUGCUGCUGGUGUCUGAGGUGGAGGAGACAGAGAUCUUUAAGAUCUGUCUGGAGUACUGGAACCACCUGGCUGCAGAGCUUUACAGGGAGAGUCCCUUCUCCACCUCCACCUCCCCCCUGCUGUCUGGAUCACAACACUUUGAUGUCCCUCCUCGCAGACAGCUCUACCUGCCUGUACUCUCCAAGGUGCGUCUGCUGAUGGUGAGCCGCAUGGCCAAGCCGGAGGAGGUGUUGGUGGUGGAGAACGACCAGGGAGAGGUGGUACGAGAGUUCAUGAAGGAUACAGACUCCAUCAACCUCUACAAGAACAUGAGAGAGACACUGGUGUACCUGACCCAUCUGGACUAUGCAGACACGGAGCGUAUAAUGACUGAGAAGCUUCAUAACCAGGUGAACGGUACAGAGUGGUCCUGGAAGAACCUCAACACACUGUGCUGGGCUAUAGGGUCCAUCAGUGGAGCCAUGCACGAAGAGGACGAGAAGAGGUUCCUGGUCACCGUCAUCAAGGAUCUGCUGGGUCUGUGUGAACAGAAGAGGGGGAAGGACAAUAAGGCCAUCAUUGCCUCCAAUAUCAUGUACAUCGUGGGCCAGUAUCCUCGCUUCCUCAGAGCCCACUGGAAGUUCCUCAAGACCGUCGUCAAUAAACUCUUUGAGUUCAUGCACGAGACCCAUGAUGGGGUACAGGAUAUGGCGUGUGACACUUUCAUCAAGAUCGCCCAGAAGUGCCGUCGCCAUUUUGUCCAGGUGCAGGUGGGCGAGGUGAUGCCCUUCAUCGACGAGAUCCUCAACAACAUCAACACCAUCAUCUGUGACCUGCAGCCACAACAGGUUCAUACGUUCUACGAGGCCGUGGGGUAUAUGAUCGGAGCCCAGACAGACCAGGCAGUACAAGAGCAUAUCAUAGAGAAAUACAUGUUACUACCUAACCAGGUGUGGGACAGCAUCAUUCAACAGGCCACCAAGAACGUGGACAUUCUGAAGGACCCAGAGACGGUGAAGCAGCUAGGCAGCAUCCUGAAGACCAACGUCCGGGCCUGUAAGGCCGUGGGACACCCCUUCGUUAUCCAGUUAGGACGCAUUUAUCUGGACAUGCUCAACGUCUACAAGUGCCUCAGCGAAAACAUCUCCGCAGCCAUCCAGACCAACGGAGAGAUGGUGACGAAACAGCCCCUGAUCAGAAGUAUGAGGACGGUGAAAAGAGAGACGCUCAAACUCAUCUCGGGCUGGGUUAGCAGAUCCAGCGAUCCACAGAUGGUGGGGGAGAACUUUGUUCCGCCGCUGCUCGACGCCGUUCUCAUCGACUACCAGCGCAACGUCCCCGCCGCCCGGGAGCCCGAGGUCCUCAGCACCAUGGCAACCAUCGUCAACAAGCUGGGCGGACACAUCACCGGGGAGAUCCCGCAGAUCUUCGAUGCCGUGUUCGAAUGCACGCUCAACAUGAUCAAUAAAGACUUUGAGGAGUACCCGGAACACAGGACUCAUUUCUUCUACCUGCUGCAGGCGGUCAACUCCCACUGUUUCCCAGCCUUCCUGGCCAUCCCUCCGGCACAGUUCAAACUGGUGCUGGACUCCAUCAUCUGGGCCUUCAAACACACCAUGAGGAACGUGGCCGACACAGGUCUUCAGAUCCUCUACACUCUACUGCAGAACGUGACUCAGGAAGAGGCUGCAGCACAGAGCUUCUACCAGACAUACUUCUGUGACAUCCUCCAACACAUCUUCUCUGUGGUCACUGACACAUCACACACUGCUGGCCUGACGAUGCAUGCCUCCAUCCUGACCUACAUGUUUAACCUGGUGGAGGAAGGGAAAAUCAACACCCAGCUCAACUCCUCCAACCCCGGCAACAACCAGGUCUUCAUACAGGAGUACGUGGCCAACCUGCUCAAAACUGCUUUCCCACAUCUACAGGAUGCCCAGGUCAAGGUGUUUGUAACUGGACUGUUCAGUCUAAACCAGGAUAUUGCAGCCUUCAAGGAACACCUGAGGGACUUCCUGGUACAGAUUAAGGAGUUUGCAGGGGAGGACACCACAGACCUGUUCCUGGAGGAGCGGGAGGCGUCGCUGCGUCAGGCGCAGGAGGAGAAACACAAGCUGCAGAUGUCAGUUCCCGGUAUCCUCAACCCACACGAAAUACCUGAGGAGAUGUGUGAUUGAGACGUCCAGCCACAUGAACCAUACUGCUGUUACUGUACAUACAGGCAUACCAACAAACACACACAACGAACCCUAACAGAAGGAGGUGGGAGGCCCCCGGUCACUUUGCUGAGGUGCAGAGAGCAGACACGCCCGUCCUCAUCCAUCAGGUGUUUUGUCGACCAAAACCAUGUCAAUAUGUAAAUGACGACGUACCGCGUCACCCCCGUGGCCCGUUAUGCAUAGCACCUACGCUACAUUUUAUAUGGAGACUUCUGUGUAAUAUGUUUCCACUGUUUAACCCAAACUUCUAUCGUUUAUUUGGUCCCCUAGCUGCAUGACAUGAUGCAGACGUAUGGAUCAGACUUCUGAACUUUACUUGUUUCCUCCCCUCCUUGUUCUCCCCUCCACAUGUUGUCUCUCUCUAUAUAUAUAUAGUGAGACAGGAGAGUUUUUGUGCAACAAGGCAUAUGUGUCAAAAAAGUUCUCAGCAAAGAGGCUUCUAGAACUAUGGUGUGACAGACUGGAAGGAAUGAAGUGGUGUUCUAGAAGUGUGUGUGUGUGUGUGCGCACCCUGCGUCUGAUUCCCAACCCAAUGCAUUGUGGUUAGAAUGUGAAGCUAGCGGAUUAUGAAGGAAGGAAGUCUGAGAGAUGCUGCUGUUUUCUGCGUCAGGUGGUCAGGCUAGCGGCCGUGCUCAUUGGUUGAACCUCCGCCCAACUGAAAGAAACCUACUGCGUUUGGUCGACCUGGCUGUGACUGGGAGGCGGGAACUAGGAAGACAGGAAGGAGCAUCAUCGGAGCAAGACAGUCAGAUUAUGUGCAUAUCAUCCCAAUUCUAUAGCACAUGAGUUACCAUGGGAACAUCAUUAUUAUUUAGUGUCUUUUUGUGGGUGUGUUGAGUGCGUGUGCUGUCGCCUAGACGACAUGGGCGUUUAGUUUUCCUCUACGAGGAUCGUUGCUCUUCAUUAAAAUGGACCUUUAACAGAAAGAAGAAGCGGUUAUUGAAAUGUUAUUUAUGGGUUCAAGAUGGCUGCCUCUUCAUAACAAACUCCUGUUUAACUUCUGUCAGUGGGCUUUUGAGAUUGUGAAUGGGAACUAAUUGACAUUGUUUACCAUGCUAGUAGUGCUUCAACAACACGACCUAGAAGACGAGCAAAAAUUAAACACAACUCGGUUUACAUUUAAUUUUGUAUUUUUGCAUUUUUUAUUUGGAUCUUUAUAACAUCUCUUCUAUCCAAAAUAAAACAAAAGGCUUUUUAUUCCAGAGAGUGAAAUAAUUAGUUUAAUUAAGCAACAAAUGUAUAAUUCCUAAUCCAAACUCAAUCUGUAAAUGGCAAAUAGUUCCCCUUCUCUACUUGUUGUUGUGAGACUUUUUGAACUGAUUAAAGUUGAGGAUUUUAUAACCAA